AUGGAACCUCACAAUAAAUCCCAACUCUCAGAAUUUCUUCUCCUGGGAUUCACAGAGGACCCAGCACUGCAGCCUCUCAUCUUUGGGCUCUUCCUCUCCAUGUACCUGGUUACUGUCAGUGGGAACCUGCUCAUCAUCUUGGCCAUCCUCUCAGACCCGAAACUCCACACGCCCAUGUACUUCUUCCUCACCAACCUAUCUUCCUAUGAUAUGUGUCUCACCUCCACCAUUGUCCCCAAGAUGCUGGUGAACGUCUGGACUGAGAACAAAGCCAUCAGCCAUGCUGGCUGCAUCACACAGUUGUAUUUCUUCUUGCUUUUUGUUGAGUUGGAGAACUUUGUCCUGGCUGUCAUGGCCUAUGAUCGCUAUGUGGCCAUCUGUCACCCCCUGCACUACACGGUCAUCAUGAACUCCCGGCUCUGUGCACAGCUCAUUCUGGUGUCCUGGGUCAUUAGUUUUCUUCAUGCCCUAUUGCAAAGCUUAAUGAUUUUGCGUCUGUCCUUCUGUCUGCACUUAGAAAUCCCUCACUUCUUCUGCGAACUGAAUCAUGUGGCCCGACUUGCCUGCUCAGACACGUUUCUUAAUGAUGUCAUCAUGUAUUUUUUUGUUAUCUUACUGGGAGGAGGUCCCCUGGCUGGGAUCUUGUAUUCCUACUCUAAGAUUGUCUCCUCUAUCCGUAAAAUCUCCUCAGCUCAGGGCAAGUAUAAAGCCUUUUCCACCUGUGCCUCCCACCUCUCGGUUGUCUCCUUGUUUUAUUUUACAGGGCUGGGUGUCUACAUUAGUUCUACUGCUACCCAAAACUCACAUGCAAGUGCUAGGGCCUCGGUGAUGUACACAGUGGUCACCCCCAUGCUGAACCCCUUCAUCUAUACCCUGAGGAAUACAGAUGUCAAGAUGGCCUUGAAAAGACUCUUCGGGCAGAAACUGUGA